AUGGCGAUAGCAUUGUUAACGUUUUUGUGGAUUUUUAUUUUUAAUUUAUUUUAUAUAACGUCCGCAUCGUCAAUCUUAAUGCUAAAAUGCUGUAAAAAUGGUGAAGAGUUGGCAAUAUCAAACAAUGACCCAAAAUCGGAAUUUGCUUGUGUGAAAAGUAACACAACUUGGAUUCCAACAAUAUAUUCACCAUUGCAAAAAAAUUUUCUAUCUGUAAUACCCAAUGAAUGGAUAAUUCACGAAGCAAUAAAACCUACAUGUACCGAAAAUCGAACUUUAACGCCCAUACUUUGUAGCAAUAUUUCGCCAUGUAUCAUAUUCGACAAAGGUCAUGCAAUCUUAGACGCCGCCGGAAGCAACACACACAUUUCACCGAGCGAAUACUGUGCGGACUCAAAGGCUCUUCUUGUUUGUACGGUAAGGAAGGUCGAGGCCAACCGGGCCACUUCCACAAUAAGGCCCAGAGUAAGCAGAUGUUGUGGAGAGCAUGCAGCAUUUUACGAGCAGAGACAUUCCUGUGUAAAUCAGAAGGAUGUAGAAAACGCACCUCCGUUACUGCCUAAUACAUCUGUAUCUAUUGAUGUAGUUACUGGCUUUCCAUCCUGUACUCGUUCAAAUAACUAUACUAUAGUUGGAAAUACUGAUGUAUCAGUUCUUCAGUCCGAUGGCAGUUUAAUAGUUGAUGGAAUAUCUUUGCUAUCUUCACAGUAUUGUGUGGAAAGAAUUAAAGAACUAGAUGGCAAAUCUAAAGUUUUCGUUUGUCCGGAGUAUGCACCUCAAAGGCCCGUAAAUCAAGAUCCCGAUAUAAGGUUUAUGAUGUAUUCUAUAAGUUUCAUCAUAAGCUCGAUUUUUCUUGGUGCCACAUUAGCUACUGGCUGGUUACUUCCUACUUCACAUCAUGUACUGCAUUGGAAAUGCCAGACUCAUCACGUUUUAAGUCUAAUGCUAGGUGACAUAUUAAUGGCAAUCAUUCAGCUUGCUGGAGAUUCAUUGCAAGGUGGUACUUGCAAAUUACUAGCUAUUCUGGCACACUUUUUUUUCCUUGCUGCAUUCUUCUGGCUGAAUACAAUGUGCUUCAACAUCUGGUGGACAUUCCGAGAUUUGAGACCGGCAAGCUUGGAAAAGAGUCAAGAAAUAUUACGUUUAAGAGUGUAUGCUUGCUACGCUUGGGGUGGACCAUUUUUGGUUGCUGGACUUGCUGCUCUUCUUGAUCACUUACCAGCCCAACCUCACAACCCUUUCCUGAGGCCUAGAUUUGGAGAAAAAAUGUGUUGGUUUUAUGGAGAUACAGAAAUUUUGGCUUAUUUCUUCGGUCCUAUUGGUGUUUUACUCAUCAUUAAUGUCAUAUUUUUCAUCGCAACUGCUCGAGAAUUAACUUGUGGACUAUGGAAAGGUGAAUUCGUAAAAAGCACUACAGAAAGAGCUGCUCUCGGUCGAGUUUGUUUGAAAUUAGUAAUUGUCAUGGGUGUAACCUGGGUUGCUGACAUUAUAUCAUGGGCUGUUGGUGGUCCCAACUAUUUGUGGUAUUUUACAGACCUUUUGAAUGCCCUCCAAGGCCUUUUUAUCUUCAUUGUAGUUGGAUGGCAACCUCAAGUUCGUGCUGGUCUGAAAAAAUUAUUCAAUCGAGAUCCUCGAACAAGUGCUGGAAGACAAGGAAAUGGUCUUAGUACAACAAGUCACGGUAUGCCUAGCAUGGGAGACAGUAUGACUCAGAACCCAAGCACUAAGUCCGCGGCAUUAGAAACUAUCUGUUAA